AUGGCGCCCAUAGAUCUGCACAAUGGGAUUACCAGCCCGGACUCAGAAUCCUUGCGCUCGUUUUCGGAAACACUUCCAGAUGAAUAUCAUGACUGGAUGAGUAUGAGUGAUGGUAGAUCCUCAAGAGGCGAGCAAUUGCUGGAUGAUUUCCCCCAACCACCCCGGGCGAUGAAUUUAGAUUCCAUCUUCGAGGAACAAGUUUAUCCUACGCCGAAACCCUCGAUCAAAAACCUGCGCCGCCACGCUACAGCCACCGAACUUCCUCUUCUACAGCAAAUUAAUCCUAAUGAAGGCGCUCCCGAGUUCAACCCAGUCAGCGAAUCCGAAGAAAAUGGAUCCUACGAUCUCAUUGCACCCUAUGAAGGUGGCGACCUACCACUUCACAAGCUGGAGCGACUCGCCGAUAUCAUGUUUUCGUCAGAACACAUGCUCACAAUCCUGAAUAACCCGCGAUAUCUGACCCGAUUCCGCGAUUUCUUACUCGAGGAGCGCCCGCGCUCGAUCUCCACCCUGACCUACUACCUCAAUGCGGCGAAAGCGUUGAAGGCUAUCCAAUAUGCGAAUGCGCUGGUGCGACUUUCUGUUGACGUGCCCCCUCCGGCUGUCCAUACCAGCGAAGAGACCGUUGGGGUCACUGAGAAUCGAGUUUUGGAACAACGGGUCAUAGAUGGAUUGUUGGCGCUGACUGCUGAAGAACUUCCUGCGUUUAUCACCUCGCGGUGUAUCACCAUCACAAGUAAAAUUGUGGAAGAGCGUAUUCGCGGCACAUUGCCGAUGAAGUUUCGGGGGACGUCAAACGCGCUGGCAGAAGUAUUCUGUCUAACGGAUCCCUCGCGGCCAGACAACCCUAUUAUUUUUGCAUCAGAGGAAUUCCAUCGUACAACGCAGUAUGGAAUGGACUAUGUCCUUGGCCGAAAUUGUCGCUUCCUUCAAGGACCAAAGACAAACGCAAACAGUGUCCGUCGCCUCCGCGAAGCAAUUCAUGCAGGUCGACACCACUCAGAGAUGUUCCUGAAUUACCGCCGUGAUGGCUCACCGUUCAUGAAUCUCCUCCAAUGCGCCCCCUUAUGCGACAGUCAUGGUCGUGUCAAGUAUUUCAUCGGCGCACAGAUUGAUGUAUCAGGUCUCGCAAUGGAGGGAGCCUCAAUGGAAUCGCUGAUGGAGCUCCAAACAAAAUACCACGACCCAGAAGAUGGAAGUAUAAUGGAGCCCCCACCAGCAGAAGAAAAAGAUGAGUUCCAGGAGUUGAAUGAACUGUUCAGCCCCCGCGAGCUUUCUUCCGUUCAACAGCAUGGCGGACAUCUGUUCCAGCCCGUCAAAAGCAUGGCAUCUCCACAAGACCCUCGAUCGUGGUUAAAGCGUGGUACAUCCUUGGAAAGCGAAACGGAAGCCAUUCGCCUACGGGAUAUGAAAUCGCCUUUCUUCCGAAUGUCUCUGGCCGGAGUCUACGAAAAUUACCUACUUGUUCGACCUUAUCCUUCUCUACGAAUUUUGUUCACUUCUCCGGCACUCCAGAUUCCGGGGAUGCUGCAAUCACCAUUCCUAUCGCGAAUCGGCAGUUCCUCGGCAGUAAAAGACGAUUUACUCCAAGCCAUGAUGGUUGGUCGCAGUGUGACUGCUCGAAUCAAGUGGGUUACGCGAACAAAUCCUGAGGGACGUAACCGUUGGGUUCAUUGCACACCUCUCAUGGCCAGUAAUGGACAGGUGGGCGUGUGGAUGGUGGUGGUCGUGGACGAUGACGACGAGAAAGCAAUAAACUGGCGUGCCUAG